CUAGUUAACAAUUUGUGAAAUAAUUAUCAUACAAAAUAAUAUGAAAUUAAAAAAUAUAUCAAACAGAAAAAAAUCAAGUUCAACAGAAUAUGAUAAUUUAGAAAAUUUUAAUGAAGAUCAAAUUUGUGUUAAUGAUGACCAAGGAAUGCCGGUUCUAAGAAAUACUGCAAACGCUAGAGAACGAGCAAGAAUGAGGGUCCUAUCAUCUGCUUUUUAUAGGCUGAAAACAAUAAUUCCUUGGGUACCUCACGAUACAAAAUUAUCUAAACUAGAUACACUUCGUUUGGCCAGAAACUAUAUAGCUUAUUUGUCUGCUACACUAGAUGGACAACCAGUAAAAGAUAUGCCAAAUAAAAUUCCUCAUCCUCAGAAAAUGACGUGGCCUUAUAUUUUUCAAGUUUCAGAAAUGUCUGAACUUCCUUUUAAAAAGAAUUCACCAGAAGCACCUUCAGUAAAAUACACAGAUAAGAAAAAUAACCUACUCCAAACCGAUGACGAAUCAAGGGAAAUUCAACUUUUCGAAACGUUUCGUAAUAUAAAUAUGAGUUACCAAAAGGAUUCAGACACUAUAUAUGAUUAAGUUUUAAUUUUAAGUAGUCAUAGUAUUUUCUGUUUAUUUGAUGUUAAUCGUUUCGUAAAAAAUAAAGUUGAAUAAGCAAUGUGUUGCAGAAAAAGAGUUUG